AUGUCUUCAGCCGGCUCCGACAUGCCAACUGUCCUCCUCAACACUGGUGCCAGGAUGCCCCUUUUGGGUUUGGGGAUGUAUAAGCUGUGCGGCGGCGAGGCUGUACUCAAAGCCGUGGACGCGUCCCUGGCCGCAGGCUACCGAGCCUUUGACAGCGCCGCCGCGUACGGGAACGAAGCCGAUCUGGGUCGCGCCCUCAAGGAGCUCCUACCAAAGUAUAGCUUGACCAGAAAGGAUGUCUUCAUCACCAGUAAACUCAGCCCUCAGGACCAAGGGGAGAAGGCCAAGGAAGGAGCCCUGUGCAGUCUGUCCAACCUGGACAUGGAUUACAUCGACCUCUACCUUAUCCACUGGCCCGGAACGCGAGGCCUGGAUGUGGGCGACCAACGCAACCCAGGCAAUAGAGCUCAGAGUUGGGCGGCGCUGGAGGAACUGCACCUUGAAGGGAAGCUCAAAGCCAUCGGGGUGUCCAACUACACUCCAGCGCACAUGAAGGAGUUGGCUGCCAGCUGUAAGGUGCAGCCUGCGGUGUUGCAGGUAGAGUUUCACCCUCUGGAAUGCCAGUCGGAGCUGAGACGCGUGUGCCGGGAGUUGGGCGUGUGCUUCCAAGCCUACACUUCCCUAGGAAGGGGGGAGCUCCUUGCCGAGCCAUCGGUGGUCCGUGUGGCAGAGACCCACCAACGCACGCCCGCUCAGGUGCUACUGCGCUGGGCUGUGCAGCAGGACGUCUCGGUGCUUCCCAAGUCCUCCGACCCGGAGCGGAUCCGGAACAACGGAAGAAUUUUUGACUUUGCGUUGACCGACGCUGACAUGGACAGUCUAACGGCUUUAGAUCGGGGACACAAGUACUGCUGGGACCCCUCCCAAGUGGUUUGA